GCUUCAAGGUGAUCGAGCGGGGGGGUUUGGUCGGAGGAAUCAGUUUAACCCAACGAGACUUCUUCUUCUCCCCUUCUUCCGGCGAUCAACGAUUGCCGACCUUAAUUGCCUUUUUCUCUUAGAGUUUUCGGCAUUUUGGUGGUGGUUCGUCUUAAAAAUCGUCUUUUGUUUCCCCUUUCUUCUACAUCUCGUAUCGUAUUUGAUCCGAGUACAAGUACCUGUCUCGCGGCAUCGGAGCUACUGGUGCCAUUCUUGAUCCAAAAGUCCUUUCUUUUUGUCUUAUCUGUGCGUUCUCGGCCCUUUCUGGAGAGCAACAAGGCAACCUUUCUCAGCAUUCCACGUGAAAUCUAGGACAAGCUUCAAUUUCUCAGCAGAUAUCGCUGUUGAGUGAAGAAAUCCGGUUCCUUUUUCGCCCAAUGAUGCUUCCGGUGGCCUCUGGAUCUUAACGUUCCCUAGUUUUAUCUUAAUUUCAUGGUUUGUGUAAGUUCAGAUCUCAACAAUGAGCCCCAUUUUAGUGAGAAAGAACCAUGAAAUACCCGAGUUUUAGGCGUUGAAUGGUAGUUUUCUGAGGAAAUCUCGACAAAAGAGGAGGCGAUAUCGGUUCGCAGAUGGUGGCUCCACUGUCUUCACAGGUUUCCGAGGAUACGGAGGUCAUGGAAGAGAAUAUUGAGCUAGCUGGAGCUCAGAUGAAGCGGAAGGAAGCUCCCGAGGAAGGAUCCCGGGAUUCCGGUGAAGGAUAUCGGUUUUCGGAUUGGUCUCCCUUGCGAUGGUUCAGAAUGCUGUCCGAGGAGAUGCAUUGGAGCUUUGUAUUCGGCGUCAUCGCAGUGUACGGGAUCAGCCAGGGGAUGGGCGGCUCCAUAUCGAGGGUUGCUACGGACUACUACUGGAAGGACGUUCAAAUGGUGCAUCCUUCGGCGGCGCAAGUCUAUCAGGGAAUCACUUCGAUUCCUUGGAUCGUCAAGCCUCUCUGGGGUCUUCUUACUGAUGUACUCCCCGUGGCUGGGUAUAGGAGGCGACCAUACUUCAUCUUGUCAGGUCUUUUGGGAAUUUUAUCAAUGCUUACUCUAUCUCUGCAUAGCAAACUCCAUGUCAUAUUUGCUUUGCUGGCGAUGACCAUAGGAAGUGCUGGUGUGGCAAUAGCAGAUGUGACUGUUGAUGCCUGUGUUGCACAAAACAGUAUAAACCAUCCUUCCCUUGCUGCUGAUAUGCAAAGCUUGUGUGGAUUAAGUUCAUCUAUUGGAAGACUUUUGGGUUUUUCCAUCAGUGGCCUACUAGUUCAUGCAAUUGGUUCUCAGGGCGUACUUGGCUUGUUAAGCAUUCCUUCGGUGCUUGUACUCUCAGUUGGCAUAAUGCUAAAGGAGAUGCACAUACCAAACUUUGCUUAUGGAGAGGUCUUUCAAAAGUUGCAGCAAGCCAUCCGAACAAUGCGGACAACUUUACAAUGCCCUUCUGUGUGGAGACCUUGUGUGUACAUGUAUAUGUCUCUUGCCUUAAGCUUGAAUAUUGAAGAAGGAAUGUUUUAUUGGUACACAGAUAAAAAAUCAGGCCCAUCUUUCUCUGAGGAAACAAUAGGCUUCAUCUUUUCCAUUGGCUCUGUGGGUUCUCUUCUUGGAGUGCUACUAUAUCAAAACAUUCUGAAGGACUAUCCGUUCCGUGGAUUGCUUUUUUGGAGUCAGCUGAUUUCUGGUAUCGCUGGAAUGCUGGACUUAGUUAUGGUACUUCGUCUGAACUUGAAGUUUGGGUUACCUGAUUAUUUCUUUGCUGUGAUUGAUGAGAGUGUCUCACGAAUGGUUGGCCAAUUCAAGUGGAUGCCACUUCUUGUGUUGAGUUCCAAGCUUUGCCCUCCUGGCAUCGAAGGCACCUUCUUUGCCCUGCUUAUGUCCAUCGAUAAUGUUGGCUUACUCACAUCAUCAUGGGCUGGUGGUCUACUGCUUCAUCUUCUAAAGGUUACACGAACAGAGUUCAGUAAUCUUUGGGCUGCCAUAUUGAUUAGGAACAUAAUGCGAAUUGUACCUUUAGUUCUUCUAUUUUUAGUACCGAAAAGUGAUCAAAAUUCUACACUUCUUCCUGCUGACAUGCUUGACGCAGAUGAUAAUACUGAAGUUCUUGAAGAAGACGUUGAUGAUAUCGAAGAUAUUGAGCUGGUUUCACUUGUCAGCAAAACUUGAUAUCAAAGUGGAAGAAGUUAUGCCAAAAUCAACGAGCUGUUGUAAGUUUGGUUUCACUCGGGGUUUCUUCAUUUAUGGCUUGCUUGAGCCAAUGGUUCCAUU